UACACUUAAGUGAAAUUUAUUGACCAUUACAAUAAGAAAAUAACAUAUUGUAUCAGUGUAUUUGUUUUAUGAUGUUUUAAAUUCCGUUGUAUUAUUAGCCACAAUACUGAAAAACCAAUAUUCCGAAAUAAGAUACUUUUAUAUAUAGAAAGAGGCUAUACUUUUGUGAAAUAUAACAAUAAGUUGUUUGUGAAGAAAGAGAUAUACAAAUAUGAAAAUACUUUCUUUACAAUUUCUAACAUAUACCAUUUGUGGUAUAUGGCGACCUAUUGAGUGGUCAUCGAAUGGUGCUAAGCUGCUGUAUAGUAUAUUUACCUACGGUGUAAUAUGUUCGGAAUACUUUAGGGUGUUAACUCAAUUUAUGGAUAUAGUACUUUUUGUCGACAAUAUUGAUGAUUUUAUCGCUACUGCACUAUUGUUUUUGUCUAUGGUUAACGUUUGUUGUAAAGCAACUUUCAUUUUGAUACGUCGGAAUGCGAUCAUCAACGUAGUGGAAUCAUUGCUGAAAGCACCACAUAAACCUCGAAACGAGGAUGAAGUAGCUAUCCAAACGAAAUUUGAUAAGUUUAUCAGAACGUUAUCGACAAGAUACUAUUUUUUGGCGACAGGCUCCGUUGCAGGCCUCACUCUAGGAUCAAUAUUAAAUGCUAUGCAUGGUCAUUUACCUUAUCGAAUAUGGCUGCCAUGGGAUUACAAUAUACCUCUGGUGUUCUGGAUUAUAUCUAGUCAUCAAAUCAUAACUACACUUUUCGCCUGUUACAUAGAUAUCGGCACGGAUACUCUUAUCUUCGGAUUGUUUUUGCAAACGUGUGUCCAGCUUCAAAUUUUCGAGAAUCGUCUUCACAAAUUAAUAAUUAAUAAAACAGUUAGAGAUCUGGGGCAUAAACUUUCGACGUCGAAUAAAGACGAUGUGGAGAUAUCGGAAUGCGUACGUCAUCAUCUCAUCAUUUACAAAUACGCGAAAACGGUAAACGUCAUAUUCAACCAGGUGUUCUUCAUUCAAUUCUUCAAAAGCAUAUUGGUAUUAUGUACAUGCGUGUUUCACUUGACAACGCAUAUUACGGAAAUGUCUGGACUUGCGACUUUUUUGAUAUAUACCAUUACCAUGUUUGUACAAAUCUACAUUUAUUGUUGGUCUGGAAACGAAGUAAUUCUUAAGAGUAUAAGUAUAGGAAAUGCUAUAUAUUGCACGGACUGGCCAUUACUACCAGUUAACGAACAAAAGGACUUGCUGUUAAUCAUGAUGCGAAGCACAAUUCCUAUAACGUUCACAAGUAGCUUCUUGAUAACUUUUUCUCUUGAAUCUUACGGCAGUAUCUUGAAAGCGUCAUACUCGGCAUUCAACGUGCUUCAAAAGUGAAAUAUAAAUAAACAAACGUGUACUUGAGCACGAU